AUGCCUCGCCAGAUCUUCAAGAACAAGGUCAUCGCCGCGGCCGGGCCGCUGCCAGGCAGCCUGACGGUCGAGAACCUGAAGCGAUGGACGUCCAUCCGCCGGGGCCAGUUCGUCGACGGCUUUGACGAGACGGUGACGCACCUGCUCUGCACAGAGGAGCAGUUCAACAAGCGAGUCCCUCGAGUCAAGGAGGCGCUCAAGCGCGGCAACCGCGCCCACAUUGUGCACUUUGACUGGUUCGAGGUCUCGGCCGUCAACGAGAAGAGGCAGCGCGAGAGCGAGUACUCCAUGCGCGAUGUGCUCGCCAAGAAGAACGCCGCCAGGCGGGAGAGGGAGCGCGUCGAGAGGGGCAAGCGGGAGGGCGAGAGGUUUGUCAACACGAACCUUUACCACAUCUACAGCGACAGGACAAACUUCUACUACCAGUUCGACAUCAGGCGCGACGACGAGUCUUCAGGCCAGCAGGGCCAGCGCUACCAGCUCUGUCUGUGGGAGAGCAACGCCAAACCGCACCUGUACUGGUUCACGGCCAAGUUCCUCAAGCGCAAGGGCGACAGCCAGCCGACGUACCACCGGCCGAGCGCGCACUCGGGCAAGUGGCGGCACGAGAUGGACCUAAUGACCGAUUUCUUCCGCAAGAAGACGGGUAUAGCGUGGGAGGACAGGGUGCUGCUGCAGAAGACGACGCCGGGCUCCUUCUUUCAGUACACGCCGCCGGCUGGAGGAAAGUCUGUUGGACGAAGACUGAGCUUGCCGUACGAGGACUGCCUCCAGAAGAAUGCCGAGCUGCGCGGUUUGCCAUGGCCGCCGCCGGAGGAAACCCAGCGACAAACGUUGACGGAGGUCGAACCCGGCGAAGAAGAUGGUCCGAGGCCCCUGCCUGACCCUGAUGAACAUGAGGCAGGCGAUGGAGAUGAUGUCUCUUCGUCGACGGCCGAAGCAGAGCUCACCCUGGAGCUGGCCACGCCACUCACUCCUAAGAGCCUGGCUGCUGAGCAUCCAACUGACGUGGACGUUGAGAUGGUUGACGCGGAAUCCCCGUCAGCAACCACGCCCAACGCCCGCAUGAUGGACCAGAACUUUGAAAUGCCCACUCCGCCGGACGACAUCAGCGAUGAGCCGAACAGAGACGCUUCGCCGAUAUUGGUCGAAAGUGCAGUCGAAUGA